AAGAUUAUGCGCUAAUUUGGAUAUUGGCUAAGCGGGGGCCGCAGACGCAUCAGGGGAAAUGCAGGCCUAUCCAGGCGUGGCUGGAGAGCUGGCUUCGUCAUUCAACCUCCAGCUCACUCUACCUUGACCACAGAACCUCCAUCUUUGCCUUUUCGCUAAUUCAAUAUCCUCUGCGGUCGCCGCCAAAACGAUUGCCUCUAUCUCUUUCUAAUCCGGUUUAAUUAGAGCGCCCUUUUGCUUUUACUCGACUUCGAACAAUAACUCCACGCGGCUGUCCAUAGCCCCCAGACGUAAUCAUGGCUCCCAAGAUCGAGGCGCAGGAAAUUGAAACGUACUGGAAUAUCUUCUCUACGCGAACAGGAGGCGGCAAGUUCCUUACAGGUGAACAAGCCGCUCCUGUUCUGAAGAACAGUGGCCUCCGAGAUGAUCAGCUAGAACGAGUAUGGGAUCUUGCGGACGUGGAUAAUGAUGGAAACCUUGAUUUCGAGGAGUUUUGCGUUGCCAUGCGCAUUAUCUUUGAUAUUCUCAACGGAGAAUACGCGGAUGUGCCGACGACAUUGCCCGACUGGCUUGUCCCUGAGUCCAAGGCUCAUCUCGUGCAGGCUGGCCAAGCUAUCACCGGAAAGUCAGUACAGUUCGAGCAGGUUGAGGACGACUCGGAGGACCUGGGGCUCAAAGACGGAUUCGAAUGGUACAUGAAGCCUGCGGACAAGGCCAAAUACGAGCAGAUCUACCAGGAGAACCGAGAUAUGCGCGGCGAGGUGGAUUUCCAUGCGCUUAGUGACCUUUACGAGUCCCUUGACGUUCCCGAUACCGAUGUCCGAUCCGCCUGGAAUCUGAUCAACCCCUCGGCGCAAUCGACUAUCAACAAGGAUGCUUGUCUCGCAUUCCUACAUAUCCUUAACUACCGACAUGAGGGUUUCCGAAUCCCCCGUACCGUUCCGGCGUCGCUUCGAUCGAGCUUUGAGCGCAACCAGAUUGAUUAUCAAGUCGACAACCAGCGAACAGGCGCUAACUCGCGAUGGGCCACCAAGGCUGACGACACCACAAGUACUGGCCGUAAGGCUAAGUUCGGCGAUCAAUACCUAACGCGCCUGGGUCGAAGCGGCUUCAAGAGCUCGGGCACGGAUUUCUCUACGGAAAAGACGGAGGACUGGGAAGAGGUUCGACUGAAGCGCAAGCUCCAGGACCUCGAGGAUAAGAUAAAGAAGGUGGAGGAGAUCGCGGAACGCCGGAAAGGCGGCAAACGCGAUUCUAAGCCUGCACUUGUUAAGAAGGAACUCGAUCAAUUGCUCGAAUACAAGCGACGAGAACUUAGGGAAUUGGAAGAGGGAACUGGUAAGAGCGCGGCUGGAGGAAGUCUCAAGAGCAUACAGGAAGAUCUCCAGACAGUCCGGGAGCAGGUCGAGGGCCUAGAGAAUCACUUGAGAACACGAGAGCAAGUUCUUGAGCAGAUCAGGCGGGAGAUUGAAGACGAGAAGAGAGGAUAGGCGAAUUAAUUAGAUUAUGGGUGUGGGUAUGUUGUUUUUACUUUGUAGGAAUAUCAUGGCGCUUUCUUGAAUAGGAUAUCAGGCAUUGCACUACACGCAUUCUCAAUCACCACAUACUUCCGUUGACGUACUUCUUGGUACGUUCUAGACCUAAUGUACGACCCUUGACGGCCCAUACAGCAAGCGAUGGCACCGGAACUUUGCCUAGGCGUCCAGCUCCGCGACUUCGACCUGUGGCGCAUAGAAAAGCAUCCACUCGAGGACCGCUCACAGGCUGUGGUUCCUUGCCUUUGAGUACGAGGUCAAUGUUCUUGAAGACACCGGCAGCCUGAGCCUCCGUGAUCAAGAAUGCGGCGCGAGGCUUGGAUACGACGUCUCCAACUGCCCAUACACCCUCUGCAUUCUUGACGCGCAUCUCAUCGUCCACGUCGACAUAGCCCUGCUUGGUAAGCCACUCCUUGGGCAGGAACCCAGAAUUUGGCUUCAAUCCCAUCGUCGCGAGGAAUAAAUCUGUCACCAACUCCUCCCCAUUGGACAGCUUCACCAACGUCUUGCCAUCUGGUAGUUCCGUCGUGUCCUUGGAUCGUACACCAGCACGGAUCUCAACACCAAGGCGCUUCAGCUCAGACUCAACACUACCAGCAAUCUGGUCUCCAGCGACGACUUUGUCCUCAGCUGAGAUGAGUAGAACGGUAGUCGAGGGAUAAGCAUAUUGAAUUUCGCCCGCGAGUUCAACGCCUGUAGCUCCGGCACCGGCGACAACAACAUGCGUAGCCUUUUCAACCUUUUCAGCAGUGCUGUGAAGGCUCUCCACGAGCUCCUCGUGCGAGCUGGAUGCUUUCCAAGGGAGUGAGGGGUCAACGGUUUCGGCACCAGUAGCAAUGACAAGAUGAUCAUACUUGAGCACGGUCUUCUGAUCAGCACCAGCAUCUGUAUCGACUGUUACGGUACGGGCCGUGUGAUCAACGCCAGAAGC